AUGGGAACAAUGCUCCGAUCCGCUACAUCAUUCCUCGUUCUCUCCUUGGUCGCCAUCCAGGCCGUCGUUGCUAGUACCAUCAGGCCAGGCACUUACCUGAUCCAAGACACUCGGACGAAGCUCUUCUUGAGUAUUGGCCCCGUACCCCGCCUCUACCCAUCCAUUGACGUCGCAGUCCGCCUGUUCCCUGAAAGUAGUCCCUUCCUCGAGCCAUGGACCGUCAAGGAAGGCGCCGAUGGCGGCAUCAUCGUCAUCUCUGCCAGGAGCGGCGUUCCCGACAAAUAUAGAAUCACAUCCAAAGAGAACGCGGUGAUUGUGAGCGUCCAGAAAAAGCCCGAGACAUGGAACACCGAGCAGGUCGGUGAAGGACCCCUUGUGGUCGCCAUCAAGAUGCCAUACGACGACAAGGUGUUCACCGCCAACGAGGAUGAAUUCCCGCAGGUGACCUUGCAGCCUUCCAUUGGAGAGGACAAUCAACGUUUCCGAUUCAUUCCAAUUGAACGCGAGCUCUACCAUCGCAACCGCUUCACCGUCCAGGACACUUGCUAA